AUGCGAGUAAUCGUCGCGCACAGCGGCGAGACCGUGGAGCUCGAGUGCGACGCGGACACGCGCGUCGAGACGGUCGCGACCGCGCUCGCGGCCGCGACCGGCGUGGACGUCGCCGACCAGCUCGUCGUCUUCGCGGGGCGGCGACUCGAGUCGAGCGAGACGCUCGGCGCGCACGAGCUGCCGACCGCCGCGGAGCCGCCGCCGCCGCCGCCGGUCGACGACGACGCCGCGACGACGCCGCAUCCGAAGCCGAGCCACGUGUUCAUGUACAUGAAGAGCUUACUGCGACCGGAAGCGACCGCGCCGCCGGUGCCGCCGAUGGUCGCCGUCGCCGUCGAAGCGUCGCCGCCGCCGCCGCCGCCGCCGCCGCCGGCGACGACGGCGGCGGCGGCGGACCACCCCCUCGACGCGUCGCCGUCGCCGCUCGCGCGCGCUCUCCCGGACUACGAGCGCGACUUCCGCGCGCACGCGCAACGCGCGUCUUCGUUCGCCCGCGCGAUGCGGCGCCGGUUCGAGCACUGCGAGCGCUUGAUCCUCGAGACGCACGCGAUGGCGCUCGCCGUGGACGCCGUCGCGGAAAACGUCGACGCGCACUUUUCGUACAUCGCGCGGCGGCAGGUGCGUUCUAUACACUGGUUCCCAUACGACCGCGUUGGCGUGGUGAACGUCAUUCCUUAA